GCUCGAUGCCAUGCCGGCUAAGUAUUACGCUAUGUUUAUCAAAGAAAACUGAACGUCGGACAUGCCGGUGCAGUUUCAAGGAAUACAUAUCUCAUAAAUGACGGACUUUCUACAUACGGCGCUUGAUCUGCGAAGCUGGGACAGAACGCACAGAGCCCAAACGAGCACUUAAAAUCAUUUCCGACGGAGACAAGUAGACCGUCGCCACUAGCCGACCAGCUCAGAGAUGGGAGGAGACGAUGAUGCCGUGGCUGAUUAUACAUGCUGGAGCGCGUCAGGUCUACGACGCUUUUCUGGCAAUUAGUUCUCUGUAAAGUGGUACGUUGCGCUAUCUGAUGCGACGGGAAAAUCAUAGAUCAAGAAUUAAAUCAUCCUUUGCCCAUCCUACUUUUCCGUUUCGGGAGUUGUACCGCAUACUUAGGCUGUGAGUCGCUUUGUAUUGUGAAUGAAGAGGAGCGUAUGCCGACACUUUGGACACAUUAUAAAUCUGUAAUCAUGGACGUAUAAUGCGAGUCCCCAUUGUUGGGGACGCAUGUCGUCGAAAAAUUUGUUUUUAUCUCUCAAGUUUUUUUGGACAUAAAUCCGCGCGCAAUGUGUAGUAAAGUGCUUAUAUGGAAUUGAUGAAGGACCAUCUAGUUUGGAUUGCAAAGGUUAUCAAACAUGCGAUCUCUCGCGUGCGCAUGGAUUAUCAUGCCUCGUUUAUGUUUACACGAAUACGGCUGAACGAGGAGUUUAGCUUGUGAUAAAUUUUUAUUUCUAAUCAAUCGGAAAUUGGUUUUGAUUUCUGCUUUUUUUUCACACUGUAUUUUUUAAUUUUGGUUCUUUAUCACCGGUGAACACUUGGCAGCUUCGCGGAUUAUGCAGUUUAUGACAUCUAUUCGGAUCUAUUCGACAUAUGCUCGCUUACAUAUAUGUACUUACAUAUAUGUAGUAUUACCGCUUACAUUAUAUGUAGUAUUACCGUGACCAUCCAAACGAUGCUGUGAAUGCGAUACUGGUGGCUAGUUAGCAUUUACCACCACUAACACGAUGAUAGUACUGAGGGAAUACAAUUAAAUUUUCCCGCUAAAAUGCAGCAACAAAAUUCAAUCCAACAUGAAGGUCGCCAGGUGCAGCAGCCGGGGCAGCAACAGCUCCCGGGUGGUCGAUUUGAUUUUGACGAUGGCGGUAUGUACUGUGGCGGAUGGGAAGAAGGGAAGGCCACAGGCCACGGUAUAUGCACUGGUCCACGAAAUCAAGGUGAAUACGCUGGGAGCUGGCAUCUGGGUUUCGAAGUGAGUGGAUGCUAUACGUGGCCGUCGGGGAAUACGUUUUCGGGUCAGUGGCAGAACGGUAAACGGCAUGGGCUCGGUGUGGAGACACGCGGGCGUUGGAUUUAUCGUGGCGAAUGGAAUCAGGGCCUCAAGGGGCGAUACGGUACCCGUUCCAGUCUGACCACCGGCGCCAAAUACGAAGGCACGUUCUCCAAUGGCCUGCAGGAUGGAUAUGGCACGGAAACUUAUGCCGACGGAGGCACUUUUCAAGGACAAUGGUUACGUGUCUUCUACGCACGGUUUAGAGAGGACCCCGCUGCUGAUCGGGACCAUAAAAUAGAGCAGAAUCGCGGUGGCUUUAUACUAAAAGCUCAUAGUGAAGAGCCGACUGUGGAGAAAAAGCGCAAAACCUUCGCGGAGAGCAAAGACCAAAUGAAAAACUCCAUAAUUGUGGACUUCGGCUUAGGAAACAACACAGCACUGGUGACAUUGACCAGAAAGUAA